UUGUUGAUCUGUUCACAGACAGCACCUUCAAAAUCCUGCAAAAUCACAUGAGAAAGAGUAGGCCCAUUUCUUCUUUUUAAGGAUAAAAUCAAAAUUGAUGCUACCAAUUAGGGCAAGGCAAGAAAUUUUAGGGUUACAGCCAACAGAGGAAGCGAAUCGUCUGCACUGCCCUGCUCUGCUCUUUUAUUGUCCGUUAACAUCAGCAACAUGAAAUGCUGCACAAUUUCAGAUGGAUACGCGCCUUAUCUAAACAGGUAGUUCUUCAUUCUCAUUCUCCUUGUCCACAUUAUAAUACACUAUCCUCCCACACCCACGAAUGCAAACACGAAUUUAGUGUUGUUCACUUUAAUAAAUCCAUUGAUGCCCUCUGCAAAUCGGGGAACACAAAUAAGGCAUGGAAUCUUUUACAUUCAGCAAUUACUAAACGCCUUCCGGUCGAUGUCGUAUCCUUCAAUGCGCUUUUAAAUGCUCUUGGGAAUGGCGGUGAUCUCUGUAGAAUCACUUUCGUUCUCGCUGAAAUGGAAGAGAUGGAAACACAUCCGAAUGUUAUAACUUAUACAACCCUUAUAAAGGCUUUCUGUAAAGGGUGUCGUAUGAAGGAAGCCCACGAGCUCUUCCACAAAAUGAGGAUGACCCAUUGUUUUCCUGAUAUUGUUACAUACAACACUAUAAUUGAUGGUUUCUGUAAGAAAGGUAGGGUAGAUGAAGCUUCAGUAAUGGUAGCUCAAAUGAUAAAAGAUGGAUUUUCUCCAAAUAUUAUUACAUACAGUACCAUUAUUAAUGGUCUCUGCAAGGCAAAUGGGGAAGAUGAAGCUCUCAGGCUAGUGGCUGGAAUGAGGUGUGUGCAUCUUUCUCCAGAUAUUGUUACAUAUAAUACCCUAAUUGAUGGUCUCUACAAAGUAAAAAGAGUAAAUGAAGCUCUAGCGUUAUUAUGUAAAAUGAUACAAGAUGGCCAUGUUCCAAAUACCUGCACAUAUACUAGCGUUAUAGAUGGUUUUUGCAAGGCUAGAAAAACACAUAAAGCCUACAAUAUUUUUGUACAAAUGAUGAAAUUUGGUCCCUUUCCCAAUGAAAUGACAUUUAGUGCAAUCAUUGAUGGUCUAUAUAAAGAUGGCAGGAUUUCUGAGGCUUGGGACUGUUUUCAUAACAUAUGGAGAAAGGGUUUGCAGCUAAAUGAGAUUACUUAUAAUUAUCAAGUAGAAAACAGGGGAUGUUUUCCUAAUGUAGUAACAUAUAAUAUUCUACUAUCUGCUCUUUGCAAGACAAGAGAGAUAAGGAGGGCAUGUGAAGUGUUAGAUGAAAUGGAAUUGAGGGGUUUGAAACCUAAUGAAGUAACAUGCAGCACAAUAAUUUACCGUCUGUGUAAAGCAGGGGAUCUUGGUAGUGCACAUUUACUGAUGAAUAAGAUGAUUCAUAACGGCAUGGCUCCCGAUGUUGUCAACUAUAAUGUUUUAAUCAAUGGUUAUUGCAGAGCACGUGAAACUGAUAAGGCUCUUAAGCUUUUUGCAAACAUGAAAAUAUUUGGUCUUACUCCAAAUCUUGUAACUUACAAAGCUCUGAUUGGCACAUUUUGCAAAGAACACAAACUUAACCUAGCUUUCACAAUGUUAGAUGAGAUGAGAGGGAAGGGUUUGUUUCCAAAUGUUUUCACAUACAACAAAUUAUUUUGUGGCCUUCGCAAAAUACAUGACUUGCGAAAAACAUUUUUAUUGAUGAAUCAAAUGCAGAAACAAGGCUGUGUUGCAAGUGAUACUACUGUUAAGAUACUCAGUUGGCUGGUUGAUUUUGGUCAAUUAGAAAAAUUAAAAGACUUUGUAAAUAAUAAUAGUGUUUAUUAUUUCUGAGUGAGUAUUAUUCUUAUACCUUUGAGAGUAAUAGAUGUGUACAACUCACCCCUGUUUCGUUCUUUUCCCAUUGUUUGAACUUUUGCAAUCAAAUUGGAGUCUUUUACGAUU